AUGUCCGCCGCCCAGUACACCGCGCUGGGGAAUCUGAGCCCGCAGGGACGAUGGCGUCGCGUGCUGCUCAUCGCCUUAGUCCCCAUGAUUUGCGCUUUCAUCUACUAUGCCUACGAGUCGUCUUUCAUCCCCCCCAGCUUCAAGCCGCUGCCCUCCAGCGGCCUCACAAAUACGUCCAGCGAAGCCUUCAACCAGGACGACCUCUCUAUGGCCACCGUCAUCAAAGCCCUCUACAGCCCCAUAUUACACCCUAUCGACGCCGCAAACUUCACCGACGAGGACGGAGAUGUAUACCGCCUGCAGGGCGAACCUCGAUUCAAGGAGAAGCUGGGAAAGAAGGUACUGAUUUUGGAUAUCGACAGCAGACCGCUGACAGGAGAGGGACAACUUAUGAACCAGGAGCUGAAGUGGAAGGGCAUGCGACCGCUGUCAGCGGGCAUGCUCAGCCACUACAUGUUCGCCAUGAUCCACGGCUACGACUACAAGUUCAUGCGAGCGCCCGACUAUCCAGACCGCUGGGGUACCUGGGUCAAAGUCCCCAUGAUGAAAGAAGCGCUCAAAACGCAUGACUACAUCGUCUUCAUGGACUCGGACGUCAUGUUCCACUACCCACACCUACCCCUCGAAUGGCUCCUAAACUACUGGAACAUGACGGCCGACACCCUCGCCAUGAUGUCUAUCGACCCUGACGAGCCACAAAAUUACGACGCCAAGGGGAACCGAUACUUGAAUACGGGGUUUGUCAUCGCGCAGCAGAGCAAGCGCACCCAGGAUAUGUAUAAGGCCUGGGGCGAGUGUCCAUCAGAGACAAGGUAUAAAGGGUGUUCGAAGUGGAAGCUCGAAUGGGCGCAUGAACAAGCUGCGUUUGGAAACUACCUCCGCUACGACUUCGACCGACCCGAUGAUAUCAAAGUGCUUCCCUGCGUGGAAGCGAACGGUGCGCCCGAGGCUACAGACCGUGGUGGCUGCAAAGGCAUCUUCGUGCGGCAUUUCUGGGUCGACAAGGGCUUGCUUUCGAAAGGGCUUUCCGAUUCCGUGAUGCAGUAUUUCCUGCCGAGACUGCAUCAGUUGUAUCAUCAACAGGCUAGCGAGAAUAUUAUCGAUACAAAGGGGUUUAAGUUGGAUGGUGUAGAUUUGGUAGAGAUGACGGAGCAGGAGAAAGAAGAGCUGAGGAAUAGUGAUGGGCAGAAUCAGAAAGACGAGGGGUUUUGA